AUGCCCGCCACUGAAGACCCUGAAGUAGUGUCCUACUCCCUUGAGGAGUUCUGCUAUGCGGCUGGCGAACUCCUGGACCGUCCAGGAGAGUCGUUCACGUUCGCGCAGUUCGCCUUGUCGGGGUUCGACCAGCGCAAUGGACGGCAGAGCUCGAUCGACCCUUACUUAAACCACCUAUCCCAACAAGAAGACAUCGACCUCACCUGCACGCGCGACAUAGACUCGGUUAUUGGACUAAGCACAAGAAUAGAACUUCGAGGCGCGGACUUGACCAUCUUCCCUAUUCCGCGGUACCACGACACCCUGAAGAAGAACGUGAAAGUCACCUACAGCGUCUUGGAUAGUGAAGGGGGAACCAGGACCGUCGAACUCCACAAGAUACCCAACGUCGGCAUCGGUAAAUUCGGUACCCACACCCUCAUUCGGCUGAUGUUUCCCAAUGCCCCUCGAGAUACCCCUACCAGCCCUCUUUGGGCGCUGUCUGUGAAGUGCCAGGCAGAGCUUUACCAGCUAGGGAUUCGCCCAGUCCUCCGAAAGCUGAUGGAGAGUCGUGGAGCAAACCUCCCAGCCUCGCGGGAGGCGGAGCUGUUCCGAGCUAGGACAGAGAGCGGGCAGCUCGCCCUGGGCAGUCGCAAAAUUCCGGAAUUCGUGGUGGAGCAGUUCAGCGACGUUCUUAGGGAGACGUUGGAGGAGAAUAACGUGGAGUGGGCGAAAGAUUUUUUCUUCAUGCACGAAAUCCGGGGGAUCAAAGAUUCGACCUAUCACUCAGCUCAAGAUUACCACCUCGCUCAGGAGGUUUUGGAGAAGACGCUUUCGAACCACCACCUCGACCUCAAUCUCCUUCUCUCGGGCUAUCACGGCGACUGGUAUGUCGAUAUUGGAGUGGAGGUUGCUGCUGGAGAUGGGGCGACUUGUCUGGCCUGGGAUCGGAAAACGCACGCGCUAAUCCUCAACCAAGCCGGUGGCAUCCCUCUGGCGGCGGCGAAGUCGGUAACACAGCUGUCCAGCGGGAAGUAUUACGUCGAUUUGGCCUCCCACCUUACAGCAGUCGCCGGUUUUCGAGUCACGCCAGGCCCGACACAACGAGGGGCGUACGAACUUCACUAUUGGCAAGCUUACCACACCGACAAGUCACACACGUACCAGCCAGAGAAUCACCGGUUUGGGAAGCAUGUCAGCGGGUACCAGGUCACCCACGGAAAGGCAAACAGCUUUUUCGACGGAACCUACGGGGUGUACCGGAGGUGCGCUGAGGACUGCCCCUCAAACCUCAGAAUGGAAGGGCGAGUUCCUCUUCGCCACGCGGCAGCCUUUAUGGUUGCGAUCGACGCCGACGUUCUGUUCUCCUCGGCAUUUGGGUUUAGUUGCUGGGCAUGGUGGGGCUUUAAGGCCUACCGUGUUCUUUCCCUAAAGCUCCUCUAUGAAUGGCAGCUGGAAGGGCCUCCCCACCUUCGCACACAGGAAUCCGCACUUCUUCUAGCCGCAGCCACAGCCCUUCUCGCCAGUAGCAUCCACUCCACCAUAGAUACCCGACCAGCCUCGCGCGAACUCAUGGCUGCGAUCUUCCCUCUCGCCGAGCGGUUCGCCAUCUUCGACCACCACCUUCCUUUUCCCAUAUCGCUCGACGGUGGUGCGAGCGGUUCUCCUGAGGAACUGGAUGAAUCCGAGGACUCUGGUGGACAAAGAGAGGCCACCCAGCUCCAGCACCCUGCCCACACCGAUUUGGACGAUGAAGAGAUCGCGCAAGAGCUUUCAACGGUUCCCCGAGCGUCUGAUCUUGUUCCCCAUGCUCCAUUUGGAGCCUUGUUUACCCGACCUCUCCGGUACCCCCCACCCCCCGUGCCUCGAUUCGAGUGGCGUCGCAUUGUUCUCACCGACUACGCCUUCAAAGUUAUGUUCGGACAGGCUCGCCAUGAGCUCCACGACGAUAUCCUGGGGUCGAACAUUGCCUACGCAAGAAACCCCAACCGCGUUUCUAAUCGCAGAAAGCAGCCACUCGCACCGCAAGUCGCCCCUAUCCCUAAAUUCGCGCUAGAAGACGCUGGGUUCCACAUCCAGCCUGCAGCCACUGACGAUGGGUCGGACGUUGAGACACGCAGCGACGACGAAUUCGAAAGCGAAGACCCACUAGACAAGGGGCUGGAUGAAGCGCUGGGCCAGCUAUGGAACCAGUCCUUCGUCGACUUCGCAGGGACGAUGCCGAAUCGAACUGCUACGGCGAAGAACGGGAUGAACCACGGCCCUUACACUGUUCUCAGCGAAGAGGAGCGCACCACGAUCACGUCAGAGCAGUUCCGCAACCUCAACCUGUCCGACACCUUCGAGGAUGUUCAGUGGCGCCACGCGAAGGACGAGAAGGAGUGGAGGGAGGUUUUUGACCGGCUGUGGCCCGCCAAAGGGAGGAGGAAGAUUGGCAAGACACAGAACUACAGCAAGACGCGGUAUUACCCCAGCUGGGUUGAGAUGUCGGAACGCCUAACCCCUGACGCUGCUGAAGCCGCUCGCGCAGAGCUCUGGAGCCUCUUCAAGAGACUUCGAUGGGUUCCUCUAGCAAAGGCAGACCGAAUUUGGGAGACUAGAGCGACUCCCGGUACGUUCAAGAGGCCUCCAGGUGCUGAUCCCAGCCAGCCUGCGCCAAAGAUACUCGUCGUUCCUCGCGGAAAACCAACAUGGGACGGCAAUCAUGUCGAAGGGUGGGGUGCGCUGUAG